CAAUCGGCUGGGCUGGACACCACAACACUCGCGAUCCCACGCAUCCUCCUGCUUUCCUGUGCUGUUCCGGGUGAUAGCUGCUGGUCGUUGCGGGCCGGCCUUCACUGACUUCCCAUUCAUCUCAUCUCACUCUCGCUCAAUCCCUCCUCCCCGUCCCAUUCCCCGGCCGACAUUCCCUCCCUCUCUCAUGCCCCGCCGGUCCUAAGCGCCAGCGCUACGCCCAGAUCUAGACGAUCCUCGCCAGUGCACGACCGCCGUGAGCUGAACCCAGCUGUUGAUAGCCUCACGGACCUCGAGGUUGGAUUCGGUUGGCAAUUGACAACAUUCAACCCCCCCAUCCCGCAUCGUUGUCUGCAGAAGGGCCGAAAAGCCAAGCUACUGGGUCAAGAUGUCGCUCUCCCCAGAUGCCCACGAUCGAUACAUUCCGAUCAUUGAUUCGAUCCUGGCCAAAAGCGAUCUAACCACAAUUUCCAUAAAGCGCAUUCGCAAAGGUCUCGAGGAUGAGAUCGGCUAUGAUCUUACCCCGCAGAAGGUCGCAAUUAGGCAGCUCAUCACGGAGCGGUUCGACAUUGUCGCGUACAGAGGGGGCGAAGAAGCCACACCCGAGACAACCGCGACUACCUCCACCACCAAUGGGCAUGGGCAAGAUCAUGAUUCGGUGACCCCUGUAGAGCCGUUGUCUCCGGCCCAAUCCUCCAUGUCCCAGAAACGCCAGGCCGACAGCGAAGAGCACUCUGACACCUCAAACAAGACUCCCCCGGCCAAGAAACAGAAACCCGACAAUGACAUUGAUGCGGACGCCCAGUUCGCUGCCAGGCUUCAGGCCGAGGAGAAUAUGCGUGCUCGCCAGACCCGCGGGGCUAGUACCCGCAGGUCCCAGCCGGUGAAGAAGAAACAGCCCACCAAAGCGAAGACGUCAAAGAAAGUCAAGGCCGAGGAUGAUUCGGACCUGGAAUCGGGCUCGGAAUCCGGGAAGAAGGUGAAUCGGUCGGGCGGUUUUCAUAAACCUCUGACUCUUUCCCCGGCACUUUCGGCUUUGCUGGACGGCGAGGUGACGCUCUCGCGGCCGCAGACAGUGAAGAGGCUCUGGCAAUAUAUCCACGAGCAUGAUCUCCAGGACCCCAGCGACCGGCGUCAGAUCCGCUGUGACGAUGCGAUGAGAGCUGUCUUCAAGCAAGAUCGUAUACAUAUGUUCACGAUGACAAAGAUUCUGAGCCAGAAUUUGUACAGUCCCGAUGAAUAACUUUGGGUAUCUAGAAGCCAUUUUUUUGCCUUCAGGACAAGGCAGUCGCAGCGAGCCAGUCGUUGCCUUACGAUUUUCCGAUUUCUACAUUUGCACAUCACUACUCAUUACACAGCAUUUGGAACCCAGGCGCUAUUGUCUUUCUUUUUAUUCCAAAGUUCUUUAUUUGUUCCCCACAUUGGUGUCCUUGCUGCACUUACUGUUACUCUCUUUGGCGAAAUAACUGCCCUAUCUUUCCUUGUGUUGACCUGCUUUUCUCUCCAGCGGGAGUUGGUGCUGCCUUGCGGACAGGCGCGAUGGAUAUUGCUACCUAGAGGUCGUAUUGAUUAUUGAGUUGGACCCAUACAGUGCAUCGCGUCAUUGCAUGAUGCAUUUCUUGUCAUCGCGGGUCACCCGUACAGUGUAGCC